AUGGAUAAAGUCCAAUACCUCACUCGCUCUGCUAUAAGAAGAGCUUCAACCAUUGACGUGCCUCAACACGCACGUCAAAAUCUCCAGAACCUAUUUGUCAAUUUCUGUCUCAUCUUAAUAUGUCUCUUGCUGAUUUGCAUCAUCGUGAUGCUUCUCUGA